AAUUAUUGGAGUUAAAAAGUUAGUUGGGUUGGAGAAGUUUUAGAAGUGUAUGCGUGUGCGUGCCCGCCACCCCAACUCCCACUACCAGUAGAUGAUGAAGCCCAGUCCUUUUAUUAAUUAUUGCUACUUUUUUUUCCUCUUUGUGUGCGUAAUUGUGAUAUGUGUGGCCCCCCCCCGGCCGCUACCACACCCCCCUUUUAUUAUUUUACCCCUCAUCUUCUCAUCCCACAAAUUCAUACACAUAUACAUGCCCUUCCCAUUCCCAUUUGCCAUUUGCUAUUUCCCAUUUCCGAUCAAAUUAAAAUUAAAUGUCUCUAGCACACGUGAAAUCCCCCAAACACUGUGCCAAUAAGCAAGAAGUGAAGGUUCAAAAGCGCUACAAGAAGCUGUUCCUUGGAGUAUCGGCAAUUUUAUCCACCAUUUCCUUGCUCAUACUGCUUCUCUGGCUCAUCCUGCGUCCCUCGAAGCCAGAAUUCAGGGUGAAACAGGCAGAUGUGUAUCAGCUGAACCUCAUAGACGACCUUCACCUUCUCAACUCAUCCAUCCAACUUACUCUGUCCUCAAAAAACCCUAAUCACAGGUUGGGAAUAUACUACGACAACCUUCAAGUGUACGCCGUUUAUAAGGGGCAACAGAUAACUCUUCCUACCUCCCUACCUCCUUUCUACCAGGGCUAUCAAGAAGCUAAUUUGCUCACCGCUUUCUUGGCGGGCAGCCGCGUACCGGUGGCUCCUUCCUUUGGAUAUGAAGUAGGACGGGAUCAAUCGGCGGGGCGGUUCGUGCUCAAUCUCAAAGCCAUGGGAAGGCUCCGAUGGAAGGUGGGGAGUUGGGUUUCUGGAGGCUAUCGGUUUAAUGUGAAUUGUGUUGCGGUGAUGCCGUUUGGGCCUACGCUCCCCACGCCUCCACUCACCCUAAACCAACCAACUCGCUGCUCUACAACUCUUUAAAAGUUUCCUAAAUUCCAAUUCCAAUUCCCUCCCCUCCCUUCUUUGCAUUCCGUACAUAAAUAUAUUUUACACGUCUUCUCUCUUCUCCA